UUCAAAGAGUUGGCAUUCUGUUCCGACUUGUGCCGCAUCUGCCAGAGCAGGCAAGAGCAACAUCAAGGUUGCGUUUCCCGUCUGCCACACCCCUCUCUGUCCUGCUCCACACAUCUUGUCUCACCCCUUCCAUGUCUCUUCAAUCCCGCGGCACUGCACCUGGCGCAAUGUUGAAGUCCUUACAGAACGGGAGGCCUAUCGUGUGCGGAUGCGGUUGCUAUGUGAAUGCCAUGCGCUCGACGGUCAAUCCGAAGCGCGGCGCUUCGAAAAAUACAAAAAUGAGAGCAAGAGGGUGGCACGGGCGAGGGAUGCCGUCUGGCUCAAUGAGCCGCCCGGACAAGAAGACUAAAGAUGGUUCUAGACCGGUUUACCUGAGGAUUUGACACAGCCGGGUUCUAUUGGAGGCAUAACAUGUGGCACCAGCGCAUGGGUUUGUUUUUCGGCACAAUGCCCGCCGUGAUUCAGGCGACGUGCCUUCGGCAAAACCCGAGGAGAGGCCACAACACAUGCACACACACAAAGAGCGAUCUGAACUGGCGGGCACACACAGAGGUGCCCAUCGUCAGCGAGGACUGCUACAGCGGCUGUGGCUGCAGCAGCCGCUCGUUCUCCUUCCUCACACAAGCGCGUGUGUUCUUGAUUAGCAUCGACCGUGCAAAUUAAUCGGGUGACCAAUGAAAAGAGGUUAAGUGAGGGUUCGGGGGGG